UAAGUCUCUUUAAGCAUUGUGAGGCAGGGGGACUGGAGUGGGCAGAGGAACCAGGUUGGGAUGUCCUUAUUUAGUCAAUGAGGAGGAUCACAGCUCGGUCUAGUCUCCCACUGCUGAACACAGGGAGCUCUCAGAGACAUGCAGUCUGGGCACUGGUUAAGAACACUACACCAACAGAUUCAUAAUAGAGAUCACUGCAUAUUAUGUCUCCAGAAAAAGCUGUCUUUCACCCCUUUUCCUGGGUCAAAUCAAUCUAAAACCUUCAUUUUUUCUCACCCAUUUGUCUUGUGGAGUUGGUUGUCAGCACUUUCUGGAACAUAAUGGUAAACCAUUUAGGAUUAUUCUCCUGGAUAUUAAGAUGACUCCGCAACAGAACAGCAAGCCCUUCUCUGAAGAAGACACCACUGAGGUAAAGUCACGGAUUGAGGAAAGGGACAAGAGAAUGAAGACAACAGUUCAGAGGCGACGGUCUACGCCCACGGCUAUUACGAAAGCUCUCACCAAAUCCAAGUCUCAGAACAGGGAUGGAGUUCCGGACCUUUCCAGGAACAGCAGCCUCAUCCAGGCCUUUGCCUCCGAGACCUCAUCCUUCAUCACAGAAGAGUGUGUGCACCUGACCACAGGACUAAAGACCCUGGAGAGACACCUACUCCUCUUUAGUGACACUCUCGUCAUUGCCAAGGCUAAGUCUUCCUCCAGUUUGAAGCUGAAGCAACGAGUGAGGCUGUGUGAGAUGUGGCUGGCUUUCUGUGUGGAGGAAGUCACCAACAGAAAACUGAAUUCAAAGAACUCGUUUGUCAUUGGCUGGCCAACCACCAACUGCGUAGUCACUUUCAGUUCCUCUGAAGUAAUGGAGAAGUGGCUUUCUGCUUUGCAAUGGCACAUCGCCAAAUCAAAAGAGGAUGAAUAUCCCCAUAAAAUUGCCUUGAAAAUGAUGGUGCUGAGUGCUGGAAACAGUUUAUCAACAACGACUGUACAAGUGUGUAACAAUGACGCUGCUGAGAAAGUUAUACAGACCACUAUCCAGCAGCUUGGAAUUUCAGGCAGUCCGACUGACUACCAUCUCUGGGUAAUUUCAGGGAAAGAGGAAGUGCCAUACCCACUCAUUGGACACGAGCACCCCUUCAGCAUCAUAAUGAACUCCCUGCGGGACGCGGUAGGCCAGUCCUACUUAGCUAACGAUAAUGUCCUGAGCCCUGACGGAACGCUGUACCUGAACCAGCUGCCCAAGGGACGCCACAUCCAGUUCAUUCUCAGGCUUAAAGCAGCCGUGCACAGCCACGUCCGAGCAGAUUCCUUUCAGAAACAUUUUAAGAGGAAGAAGUCUCUAAUAGACUGGGCACUGAGACGAGGAAAUGGCAGCCAGUCCAGCAACCAAUCAGAUUUUCCCAUCACUCCCCAAAGGUUAUUUGGCCACUCACUGCCCUCAAUCUGUCAAAACGGAAACCUGCCUAAACCAAUAAUGGACAUGCUGUUUCUACUGUACCAGGAAGGCCCAGCAACAAGAGGGAUUUUCAGACGCUCUGCUAAUGCCAAGACGUGUAAAGAACUGAAGGAGAGGCUGAAUGCAGGAGAUGCAGUUCAUUUGGACGGGGAGUCUGUGUUUGUGGCCGCCUCUGUAGUCACUGAUUUUUUGCGCAACCUCCCAGGAAGUAUUCUGACCACGGAACUGUAUUCCAAAUGGAUGGAGGUUAUGGAAAUUGAUAAUACAGAUGAGAAGAUUAAAGAAAUAACAAGGCUGUUGGAUGAGCUCCCUGAUGCCAAUGUCACCCUGCUGCGCCACCUCUUUGGUCUCCUUUACACCAUACAGGAGAAGUCAGAGGAAAACCAGAUGAACGCUUUUAACUUGGCCCUCUGCAUCGCCCCCAACAUGCUCUGGCUUCCUGUACCCACAGGGCCCGAGGAAGAGAGCAAAUCCAUACAAAAGGUUGCCGGUCUAAUCCAGUUCCUAAUUGAAAACUCGCCCUCCAUUUUUGGCAAUGACAUCGAAUCUCUGUUUACUCAUCUAAACAGUGGUGAAGGAGCUGUUGAGGAUUCCAUAGAUGAUUCCUUCCAUCAACUGUACUCCUCAGAUGAGUUUGAUUCAGAGCAGGAGAGGCUGAGAGGAUUAAACCAUACUGAGAAGGGCCAGGUGGAUGAGAUGGACCCAUUUAAAAAGCUAAACCUGAUUAAAGACGGUAUCUAUGGCCGUGGGAACGUGGAUGACAUAUCCUCCUUCUCCAGUAGCUCCGUCAGCUCCCUGACUGGGAUACAGGGCAUCGAGUCCUCCCGGGACCGCUGCUCCUCAGAGCCUAGCGUCUGCCAGGGUUCUCCGCUCCUUCCACAGCUCCACAUCCCUGUCGCCCGCCAGUCUAGCUGCGACGCCGCUGUGAUGCGUGGUCGGGUUGACGGGACCCAGCACAGGCACAAGCUGAGCGUUGAGACCACCAGGGGCGGCAGGUCCAAAUACACUUUCUGGAGGUCGCCUCAGAUCCCUUCCAGGUUCAAGCAUUCCACCCACGGGCCAAGCCUGUCCAACAGGUCUAGCUUUUCCAGCUUGUCCUCCACAGCCACCUCGCCGUCAGCUUCUUCUUUGAGCUCUCUAGACAGUGCCUUCUCAUACUGCUCAGACUCUGUGUUCAGUUCUGCCAACUCAACCUCCAUGCCCUUUUUGUUGGGACCCUCUGCAAAAAUCAGACCCUUGACCCCUGACGAAGCAGGCGGGUACUCCAUGGACUGGAACAGGACAUUACCAGCCUUCACGGAACGCGAGCCUUGGGAUUUAGGCUGGUGUGAUGAAUAUAAUGAAAAGGAUGAGGAAAACAGCACAUUUGGCGUUGAAGCUCUUGAUGGUAACAGCAGUCCAUAUGCAGAGUCUGGUCGCAGGCAGCCCAACUGUCUUGAGAGCCACUGGGCUGAGCUGCAUGAGAAUGAGAAUCCUGGAUCUCAGCCUACCAUAGAGGAGGUGAAUGACAGUCAAUCUGAGGCAACAGAAGUCCAGAUGCACCUGCCCAAUAAACUGUCUGAAACAUCUGAGCAAAAAUGUCAAAGCAAGGAGAUGUCCAUCAGACACAUACAGCUGACAAGGCCCUAUAAAUCUAACAGCUUGGAGCCCAAGAAGGAGACCAUAAAGAGGACCAAAAUCACAUUCUACAUGGGCUCCAACACAAUGGAGAAAAAGCAAGCCUCCCAAAUCACAGAAGGGCAUGACUUUUCCAUGAAGGUGUUCAAUGCAGAUGCGGGACCUUCAAAUGGCUCAGGGGCAAAAUGUCCAGCCGUACAGGUUCAAAUACCCCAGUCUGUGUUUUAUGGCCAGGAUAUUCCUUUGGUUUUGCAAUCAGUUGUGACCAGGCAGCCUGAACGCUCUAAGGAGCAGUGUAAGCAGGGGAAAAUUGAUUGUGAGGGAGACCCAACGCCCGAACAUUUAACUGAGUGCGGUUCUUCCUUGCCAACGACAUCCAAAACCCACAGUAAGGCUCCUAACUCCAUACGUCACACAAUUACAAUAAGACUGCCGGCAGCUGUCCGAAAUACAGUGAAGGAAUAUUUCAGCCACAGCGAAAGUAAGAACUGCCUUACAGAUGCAAAAGCUGUGGAAAAAGAGCUGGCAAGAAUCAAAUUAGAAUGACAAACAAGGGACUUAUAGGGGAACUAAAGUAUGGUUUUGUAAAAGUACCAUAUGAAGAAGAGUAUUUGUCUGACUGUACUGACAUUGUGACUGAGUUUUUACUGAUUUAAGUAGAAAACAUUCAAUGAAAACAUUACAGUAUUCAAUGAGGUGUACGAAAACUAAUCCAUUAAGGAAUUGUGAAGCAUUUGUUUAUAAUGUCAGAUUAUGAGUGAAGCAGAAACAGAAUAAUUAAUGUAAAUGCCACCUUUGUGCCACCUUUGUUUGACCAUUUCAGUUGUCUGUAAUUCUGUCACAAGUUAAUUUUCAAGAGCACAAACUCACAAAAAAUUAUAUUAUGGUGUGCUAUGCAAACCAGGGCUGUAGUGGAGAGUAAACACAGGUAAACGCCAUUUAUCCAUCUUUUUAAAAAGAGGCAGAGCAUUUACUCACCUAUUAUCCAUUUAAGAGCGUUGAUUAACCAUUCACAUUUUUGCAGUUUUCCACAAAGUUAUAUCAAGAUGAAUACUACAUUACAUUAGGAUGCUGAAACAGCGACUCCGGUGGAAAAUUAUAUCAUUACCUCCAGGCUUCAAUAUCCUCUCUCCAUUCAUCAGGGUCUGUUACAGUAUGCAUUUAGUAAACUCCAUGCGAAAGAUACAGCUGUUAUAAAAAAACUAGAGAAGCAAUUCGCCUCUACCAUUCAUACAUGAAAUUAUUCACUACCAAUCAAAUCUCCUCAAAGUUUUCUGCUUCUACAGCUUCAUAGACAACAAAAGUGGGUGUGUCUUCUGUUACCAGGAAGUGCAAUUGUCCCUGUUAUUUGCCAUUGCCAUUUACAAAGUCCAUAAAUACAAGUAACAUGUCUUCAUUAUGCCUAUGAGUUCACCACAAUACAAAACAAGCAGGUCGUUUCUAAUAGUCAUGUCAGUCAUUUGGUAGUUUUUAUUUUCACUGAAUUAAACAUCUUUACUGCCCAUAGUAUGCAAGUGGACUACAUUUCCAUACAACAACUUCCCUUUCCUGCAUUUCAGCCAAGCCAUGUCCUAAUCUAGCUAGCUAAUGCUAUGGCUAUUACAAUAACUUUUUUUUUUUUUUAAAGCAUGACAGCAAGAGCAUUAACAGGGGUGAAACCCAUAAUUCAGGGCAUGUUGAGGAGUGCAGUUACUAUCAGGGACAGCUAACUACUACUGUAAGGGGUAGAAUGCUCCUUGUAUGCAUAUGUAGUUUCUCAUAAGACCAAAAAAUGAACUAUGGUCUUGUGUCAAAAAUGAUGCCACUUUGGAGGUUGUUUUCACCAUUCAGUACUUCUUCACUGUUGUCACAAUGUCUUGGAGGUAAAAAGCUGGUGUGGCAUGUUGUUUUUCUAUGAUUGUUAUUACCAAAACAUGGAUAGGGAAAAUGGCUUUCCUGGUACCAACUUCCGGUGUCACAGACACAGCCCACUUCUGUGGUAUUAAACUGUAUUUAGCCUCCUUGGUAUCAACAGUUGGGCAUUGCUAUAUGAAAGUAACUGAUGUAAUUUAUGAAGCAUUUUAAAUCUAAUAAUUUUACAAGAUAGCCAGCAAGGGGGUGCAGUUGUACGGAGACAGAUCAGUCUGAAUAUUAUUGACAAAUGCAUGUAUCAUGAUCCAUAAAUAAGAGUCAAGUCACAAAUGUGUUUCACUGUCUGCAAACACAUAUCUCUCAGCUUGUCUUGUCAAUGGUCAUUUAAAUGAAUGUGCACUGAUUUGUACAUGAUACAAAUGCAUACAUAUUUGUGAAUACAUAUUUUCCCUUUGGCACAAAUACCUCAUACUUUGACAUUCUCAAAUGUAUAAUUUGCUUGUGACGUGUUGAAUCUGCAUUAGCAGAUCAAGAAACGUGUGCAUUCAGUGAUGUAAGUCUGUGAGAUUCCUUUUUACUCUCGCAGUUUGUGCACUGUGAUCCGAACACAAAUAUUCCGAUGCACACACAAAUAGCUGGUUGUCUUCUUCUGUGGUGGAGGACUUGUGCAUUACCAGAUAAAUCUGCCAAGGGAACCCUGGCUCAAAAAUGCAAACCCACUUCUGUGUUUUAGGACUACAACAUGUAACACUCUUUGUGUAUGGAUCGGCAGCUGUGUGUGGAUCGGUAGCUUGUUUGUGGAUUGGAGCCAGAUCGGAGUUGGCAAACUGCGAGAGAAAAGUCACAAAAUAAAUUUUAAAAAUUUAGGUUUUCAUGCACAAGGUAUGAGGAAUUUGUGCAAACGGGAAAAUAUGUAUUCACUAAUAUGUAUACAUUUGUACAAACCAGUGCACAUUUUGUUUAAAUGACAAUUUACAAGACAUAAGUUGAAAGAUAUUUGUUUUUGGAUUGGAAAACACUUCAUUAUGGAUCGUGACACAUGCAUUUUCAAUAAUAUCGAGACUAAUCUCUCUCCAUACAGUUGAAUUGCAAUAUUGAAAUGAGUUUCUAAUUCGUUUUUCACUCUUUUUUUAUUUUUAAUUUUAUUUUAAGUUUUCCUUAGUUGGCCUUGCUAGACUGGAAUAGCUAGGUACAUGAAGUUAGGUAACUACUAUAACUAGCAAAGUAGCUAACGUUACCAAUAGGCCUGUAUGUGAGAGCACUACAAGUAUGGAUCGGCUAUUGGACGUUCUGUUCCAGACCUUAGAAUAUUGCAUGUUAAGACUGCUGUUGUCAUCCUUGGGUAAUGGUAAUCAUGUUUGUUUCUACUGUAGCAGUUUAUUUUGUUUCAUAUAAACUUGUACCUCUGUGAAUAAACCACUUUUGAUUUGCA